ACACGUUCUGCCAGGGGCAACAGAUUUGACACGGAAAUGAACGCCCGGCCACUCACCCGCGUGGGUUGAGAAGCAGAGUCAUUUAUCACAAACAUCAAUGCGUGGAAGGGCUAUCGCUUCAAUUUUGUACCCAACAAUCUUCCAGUUUUUCUGUGGAGCUAGAGUUCAAUGCGUCCGUCCGUCUUCGAGCCUAGCUUGGGAGCGUAAGUACAACACCGACUCGGCCACCGCCGACGCACAUUCUGCACAGAGGAAGAUCAACCUUCUUUUCGUGCUCUGCAAGUACCAUCUUCGAAACAAACGUCUGAUUGGGGCCAUGCACAUGCUGCAAUGCCACCUGGAUCAACCUCGUGGACUGACCAUAACAGUCAAUGCAGUUCGGGCUGCGAUUGAGGUACGGCGAUGCCUCGAGGCUGAGAGCGGUGCGCCCAAGGUAGCCUUCAGCGCGACCAUCUAUCUCGACUCACUUUCCACAAUCUGCCUUGUUGACGCGGUCAAAAUGAUCCCUAGACCGAGAUUUUACAUCCCCCUUCUCUGUCGAACGCCGUCCCCCGUCUCGAACUGCCAGCCAUAGGGCUGCCUGGACUUGCGCUAGUCAUUUUCCGGGCGCAAAGGAGCA